UGAAUAAAAAAUUACUUGUGUCGGUCUUGGAACGGAUGAAAAAGUCAGACGGGCAGUUCGAUAAAUUUAUGGAGGACGGGAAAGAAAGCUGCGAGUUACACGACAACGAUUUCUAAACGACCUAUAUCUGAGUAUUUAAAUAUCUGCCUAAGUGGCAUUUAUAUUAAAUCAGUAGACACUGUAUACUAUCAUGACGGAUGUUCCGAAUUACGAGGGUAAUGAUGACAUCAUAGAGUGUUAUGAAAAUCAAGAUUUCAAUGACGAGCACGGUAGCUAUGGAGAAGCAGAGGACGCAAUCUCCGAUAAUGAGACUGGAACUGUGCGGAGAGUCGAUCCAUCAAAAUCUAAGUCACAUGUAGUAAGAAAUCCUGUGCCCAAACUUAACACAGAACGAUUAAAAGGGCCCAACGGUAUCCAAACCAUUGAACAGUAUUUUGAAGGCUUCAAGUUCUAUGGCAAAGGGCACGAAAAAACAGACCUUGACAGAAUUAUGAAAAGAUUGGAACAUUGGUCUUAUCGAUUAUUUCCUAAAUAUCAUUUUGAUGAUUUUCUCACGAGACUCGAGCAACUAGGAACGAAGAAAGAUCUGCAAGUGUUUAUCAAAAAAUAUCGACAGGAUAUGAUUACCUUGGACAAUAAUUUUAUCACUCAUGAUGACGUGGAUAAAGAUGACGAGGAUCAACAAGAAAGUGCGCCUCUGGACGAUUUCGAUUUGCUAUUAACGGAACAAAUUCAAAAACAAAAGCAAGCAGAAACGCAAGCUUGCACUUUUAUUCCAAGCACUUCAAACGAGGAUGCGUUUGACAAACUUUUAAUGCAGUCCACUGGUACACAAAAUUCACAAGUGCCACAUACAAAUAUUACUAACGAAUUGAGUGACGAAAUAAAACAAAAAAUUGAGAAAAACAAGCAACUGGCUAUUCAAAGAAGACUCCAAAGGCAGAAAAAACGUGAGGAAGAAGUUAAGAGAACAAAGUUGAUUGAUGACACGGAUAUAGAAACUCAAAACGAAAACGAUAAUUUUACAGCCUAUGCUGGAACAAAUGCAUCUCAGAUAGAUAAUAUGCGGUCACAAAUUAACGAAAAUAUAAAUGAAGCAAUCGUUAAUGAGUCAGACGAUAUACAGUUAAAUGAAGAGCCAGUAACAGGUCAUGUUAAAUAAAAUAAAUCUUGCAGCAAUAUAUUAAUUUGUCGCUGUUCACAAGAGACAUAUAAAAACAUUUAUUAUACAGUAUACAAAUUGUCCCAGUUAAAGUUAUUGUAUACUUAAAAGUAAGCUGUAUUGUAUACUUAAAAGUAAAAUGUAGUUAAGGAGACACUGGAGUACCUUUCAAAUUUGACCGAUGUCAAUAAUGUAGUCAUUCGUCAUGCACAUUAUUCAUGAGAUUUUGUAUGUAUUCUUUUAUUGAUUUAAGAUUUGGAAAUUCUAUUCUAGAAUUAAAGUACACAUUAAUAUCAAUCUGUGAAUUGGACUUUAUAUCAAAAACGAAAAAAAUUUUUUUAUACUCCUUUACUUACCGACUUUUCUCAUGUAUAUAAUUUAAAUUUUCGUAGCGCAAUUUUGUCUCAAUUAGUCUCAACAUUAAAAUAUUGUCGAAACUCGAUACUGUUUGUUUCCGUCGUCUACCAGUCUGGAUACAAGUUUCAUAAGUACAAACUGUAGAUCUUUUAUAUUAAAUAUUGUUACAGUGUGACAACUUCAUAUGCCACACUUGACUAAAAAUACUAUAUACAAAUUAACAAUUUUUUCCGUUUUUGGUAUAAACUUCCCAUAGACUAGUAAUAAUGUGUAUACUUUCAUUUUAGAGAAUUUUCAAAUUUAUGAAAGAAAUAAAAAAUUGAAAUUACUGUCUUUUUGUCUGUAAAACAGGCGUUUCUAGCAUCUCCUUAAAGAUAUAUACAUAUAAGACGUAAUCCCAAUAUUGUUGUAUUUCCUUUUAAAGAAUUUUUAAGAUAAUUUAGUGAUAUACAUAUAUAUAUACAUAUUUUGUGAGUUAUAAACAAUUAAAAUUUAUCAAUUGUAACGACUAAAUUUCAUGCGCUUAGGUAAAUCAUUCAUGAUAUAAAUAAAAAAAAACAUCUUUUUUCAAUAUAAUCUUAAAAUUACAUAAUUAAGAAAAAAUUCUUAUAUUUGAAUUUUUUGUAGUAAUAUUUUGUAAUUUCAUAAAAACUAUAGGAUAUUACGCUCGAACAUGCGAAAUUAAUCACCACAAUUGUUGAAUUUGAAUUGCUUUUAAUUGAGGAAAAUACAGCUUCAAUAUUUUCAUAUUAAAAUUUUUUAGAUUAUUUUAGGAAUACAUCUUCAAAGCAAAUGCAAUAGUGAAACAAUUAAUGUAUAAAUGUUUCAAAUUCUUUUAUUAAAUAAACGUUCAGUUUUUAUUUA